AAGAAUGUAGCAGCAGAUCAAAGCAGAAGAUUCCCUCCGCCGACGAGAUCCCGCAUUCCGAGAGAGACGCGGAUGGAGAGAGCGCUCAGUAUCGAUCUCUCUGUAGCUCCUCCUGCUGCUGAUCACAUUUAAUGUACGGUCAUGUGGGCGAACAGCGUCCAGAAAACCGCUAUAUAAACCCCCAGCUCAUCUGUCCGAGGACACUGACACUGCAUCAGGACACUUGAAGACUCUUGCGGCGCAGCUGUCAUAAUGUCUAACGGAUGGGGAUACGCAGACCAUAACGGACCUGAGAAAUGGUGUGAAAACUUCCCCAUUGCUAAUGGACCUCGCCAGUCUCCAAUAGACAUUCAACCCAGUGGAGCAUCUUAUGAUGAAUCACUGAAACCGCUUAAACUGCAGUAUGACCCCUCCACUUCACUGGACAUCCUAAAUAAUGGACACUCCUUCCAAGUGACCUUCGCCGAUGAUGACGACAGCUCAACUCUGACGGAAGGCCCGAUCUCAGGCAAAUACAGACUCAAGCAGUUCCACUUCCACUGGGGAGCCAGUGACGACAAGGGCUCCGAGCACACAGUCGAUGGGAAAUGCUACCCAGCUGAGCUCCAUCUGGUCCACUGGAACACAGAAUAUCCCAGCUUUGGGGAAGCAGCCAGUAAGCCUGAUGGUCUUGCUGUGGUUGGAGUUUUUCUAGAGAUUGGCGCAGACAAUCCUAAUCUUCAGAAGCUUCUGGAUGCUAUGGAUGCAAUCAAGUGCAAGGGAACGCAGACCUCAUUCACAAACUUUGACCCAACCGUCCUGCUCCCAGAGUUUCUGGAUUACUGGACGUACCUGGGGUCUCUGACCACCCCUCCCCUGCUCGAGAGCGUCACAUGGAUCGUCUGCAAGCAGUCAAUCAGCGUCAGCUUGGAGCAGAUGAAGAAAUUCCGAUCUCUGCUUUUUACAGCAGAGGAUGAGGAGGCCUGCUGCAUGGUGAACAACUAUCGCUCCCCUCAGCCUCUGAAAGAUCGUGAGGUCCGUGCAUCUUUCAAAUGAAGGAGGGCAACC